CUCGUAGUUUGAGUUAGGCUGCGGGACAGAGUUGUCAUGGAAUCUCUUAUAGUAGCGCCCGCAUGGUGCAACUGCGCCAAACUAGCACGCCAUCGAUGACUUCACGCCAACCUCCAAGCCCACCAACGCGGAAACAUCGCGAUGCAAAGGAGCAACGCUUAGCAAUCACAGCCCCAAUCCGAAGCUACACUGGCUCGAUUAUUUGACGAUGAAGACAUAAUUUGCGGGAGUUAUUCCAACAACGAUAUGGGUCAUAGAUGGUUGCUGGGAUCCCGACCUUUUUCAGUGCCCAGGGCCUAUUUAUUUGGAACCUCAUGAUCAUUUUUUACUACCCCUGGGAAUCCCUUCAGCCUUAUUGUUUUUUCAACAUCAAAGCACUUUGACACAAAACCCAUUCAGAAUGCGCUUUUCGGUGGCAACUCUCGCAGCAGGCGUGCCACUAUCAGCCGCUUUUGCCGUAGACAGCGGACAAAAAUCUCUAGGCUUCGACCAUAAACCAAAGGGGACGACAACGAAAGGGGAAAAGAACAGCCCAAAUAUCGUCUUCAUUCUUACCGACGACCAAGACUUGCAUUUACAGUCGCUCGACUAUCUUCCCCUGCUCAAAAAACACUUGGCCGAUGAAGGUACUACCUACAAACGUCACUACUGUACAACGGCCAUCUGCUGCCCUGCCCGAGUUUCUCUGUGGACCGGGAAACAAGCUCACAACACCAACGUCACGGACGUAUCACCGCCAUAUGGUGGAUACCCCAAGUUCAUCAGUCAAGGCUUCAACGAAGCCUAUCUGCCAGUUUGGCUCCAAAAAGCUGGCUACGAUACCUACUACACCGGCAAGCUUUUCAACGCCCACACCGUUGAUAACUACGACUCCCCUUACAUAGCCGGUUGGAACGGCUCCGACUUUCUUUUGGACCCUUACACUUACUCGUACCUCAACGCCACCUUCCAACGCAACCGUGAUCCCCCGGUUAGCUACGAAGGCCAAUACUCAGUCGACGUCCUCGCCAAAAAGGCCUAUGGAUUCCUCGACAAAGCCGCCAAAAACGUCCACAACCGGCCCUUCUUCCUCGGCAUUGCCCCCAUCGCCCCUCACAGCAACGUCGAGCCGCGCUUCCCUUCCUCCUCUUCCUCCUCCUCCUCCUCCUCAGACCCAGCUACCCUCCACCGCCGUCCAACCAACGCACACGACGACAUUGAAAAAUCCGUCUCCUUCACCCCUCCCAUUCCCGCCGCCCGACACGCCCACCUUUUCCCAGAUGUCAUCGUCCCGCGCACCCCCCACUUCAACCCCUCUUCGCGCGCCUCGGGCGUGUCCUGGAUUGCUCGCUUGCCGCACCAGAGCGCCGAGAACGUAGCCUUCAACGAUCACUUUUAUCGGCAGCGGCUGCGCGCGCUGCAAUCGGUCGACGAGCUGGUCGCAGGCGUCGUGGCGCGGCUGGAGCGCCAUGGGUUGUUGGAGAACACGUACGUCUUUUACACGGCUGAUAACGGAUACCAUAUUGGUCAGCACCGGCUCCAGCCGGGGAAGGAGUGCGGGUUUGAAGAGGACAUUAAUGUCCCGUUGAUUGUGAGGGGACCGGGCGUGAAGAGGGGGGAGGUAGCGGAGGUGGUGACGAGUCAUGUGGAUCUGGCGCCUACGGUUCUGAAGUUGGCUGGGGCUUUGGGUGACAAGGAAAGAAAAGAAGAAGAAGAAGAAUAUGGGCUGGAUGGGGAGGCGAUCCCGCUUACCGCCGAGGACCUGGCCCAAGCGAAGGCGAAGGGAAAGAGACAUGAGCAUGUUACGGUUGAGUACUGGGGGUUUGCGGUCUCGGAGGGCCGAGUGUUUGAAAAGGACGCGACGAGGUUCUGGACGAACAAUACGUACAAGGCCGUGAGGAUCUUGGGCGAAAGGUAUAAUAUGUACUACUCUGUCUGGUGUAGUGGUGAACAUGAGCUGUACGAUCUUCAGACCGAUCGUUACCAGCUCAACAAUCUUCUUGACCCUUCGUCGCUUGCCACUGGGAAAACGCCGGCGACUCUUCUUGGGGUACCAGUCCAGAAAGUCGUUGCCCGACUUGAUUCGCUCCUCUUUGUCCUCAAGUCGUGUAAAGGAAAGACGUGUAUCCGACCAUGGGAGGCUCUACACCCGGCUGGGAAUGUGCACAACUUACAUGAUGCUCUUUCGAGUAGGUUCGAUUCCUUCUACGAAAAAGAGCAGAAAAGGGUAGAGUUUGACCGGUGCGAGAGGGGAUACAUUGUUGAGGCCGAAGGUCCGCAGUUUGAAACGGACGGGUUAGUAUACCGGGAUGGACAUCGAUGGGAUCAGUGGGUUUGAGAACCGGCGAGUUUGCGUGGGUAGAGAAACUAUAUUUACUUUCCAGUAUAUAGGGCUUUCCUUGCUGGUAUAGUAUAGUGGUUAUCAGCACCAAUGCUUCAACAGAGUUUGUUCAACAUUGUUGGAAAAUGACAAAGUGCCUAGUUGGUCAUACACUACGACCAUAACAGCUGUCUGUCAUCCAACUAUAUUUCUCCUUGAAACCAUAGGCAUGAUAUGAUGUGAAAAAGGAAGCAAGACAUGAGAUGGAAGAAACCAGAAAGAGGUGGAAAGGAGGAAACCAAAAG